UUACCAAUCAGUGAUUAUUAAUUGCGAUAUUCGUGUGUCGUUACAGUGCUAGUGAGAUUUCAAAAUGUUUUGUACAAUCUACACAAUAAAAGUUUCUAAGAAGAUUAAAAUUAUUUCAUUCCGAGGGAAAAUAUUAGACGGAUGGUGCGAAUUUCGAAAGGACAGAAUGAAAGUGAAAAGGACGCCAUGAUGAUUAACGAUAAAUUUAGCAACUUUUGUCUCGAAAUGAGCUUUGUCUAACGGUCAGAAAAAGUGCGCCAUGGUGCAUUAGAAGGAAGUCACGUAUGCAUAAAGUAUUUGAAGCUGUAAUGGCGGACAUUCAAUUUGGUUUUUCAUAACUUCCAUCGUUUUUUCUCUUCUUUGGGAAGGAUGUAGCGGUGUUUAAAAUUUAUACAUGUAUGCCACUUCUUCCCCUUCUUCCUGUUCCCUGGAAAAUACCUAAUGGUGUUUCAAAAGCCAAAAAUUUUUCUUCCAUUGAAUUCGACGAUUCCAAUUUGACGAUGGCUUGAUGACGAACUCCCUUGGAUCAGAACAACAUCGAAGACAAUAUUCUUCACAUCUAAUCAUAAUUAAUCAUGCCGGUGGUGCCAGCUUUGGCUGAGGGUGCUGGCCAACUGGAGGACCUUGACGAACCUCCAGAGCCUCGUGUUCGCGGAGGAAGCGGAAGAGCCAGUCUGAUGAAACCCCUGGUUGUUCUUGCGCUUCCUGGCAUGUAUCUCUUCUACAAGUACAGCCAAUAUAGAAGGGAACAACGCGAAUUGUCUCGAAGGCGGGUCACCGAAAGGGAGCUUCAGCAUCUUCAUCAUAAGAUCGACAAACUAUUGACGAAACUGGAAAAGAACGAACCGGAGUUAGCGUCCUCUCAGGAAGACGAGUGCGUGAUCUGUGUGAAUGCCAGGGCCACGAUGCAAACUGCUCCCUGCGGCCAUCGGGUUGUUUGCAGACGUUGCUUCGUCAAAACGAUACAAAUGGCGGUGUCACAAAGACUUUUACCACUGAGAUGCGUCAUAUGCAGAGCAAAAAUCCUACGCCUGAAACAAACCCUCAUCCCUCGGGACUACUCGAUGUCUGGAAAGUCUUGGGUUUUGCCACAAAGCGCGUCAGAGUAUAACAUGGGGACAGGAGUGCCAGUGGGAGUGACUGGCCCUGGCGGUAGAUGGGUCGCCGGAAAUGUGCCAGCCUCCGCCUCUUUGUACUCUAUGGCCAGUGGUUCAUCCUCUAUUUCCGGAGUGUCUUCCGUAUCCUCUUCGAGUUCGUCUUCUGCAAGUAGCACUGGAAGCUCUAACCUUGGGAAACCUACGAGGGUGAGGCAACCUUCUGGCGCGACUCUGAGACGCUCGCAGACGCAAUCCAUGAAAAUGAGAAUUCAGGAGUAUCAAGAUCCGAUUCAGCAGGUCGUGGAAGAGGAAGAAGUGAUGAGGGAAAAUCGGGAUCGCAGGUUGCCGCCGAUCAAGGAAUUCCAGAGGGACUAUCGUGCAGGAAAAGCAUCCACUAGGAUAAGAUGUGCUCAAAAAAUCGUGACUCAAUUGGAAACGUCGCCGAGCCCGAGAGAUUCGAACAACGUGAACAGCUCGACGUCCUCAUCAUCGACGAAGUCCACGUCGAAGAGGCCUCAGUCAGCUCCGAAGCUGUCGGUGGUUCAGGAGAUUCAGAAGUCGAAGAAGGAGAAGGAGAGGGAGAAGGAGCGGGAGAAAGCGGAGAAGGCUCGUCAGAAAGAGGAAGAAAAGGCGGAGAAGACCAGACAGAAGGAGGCCAAGAAAUUGGCCAAGGAGGAGAAGAAAAGAGCGAAGAAGGAGGCGAAAGCGAGGCGAAAGGAGGCCGAGGAAGCUCUCCUUAGAGAGUAAAAGUAGUCUUCGAGUCGAAUAGGAACAACAAGUAGAAGUUCACAACGAUCAAUAAAGUAUUCGAAAAUCCUCAACAAAGGAUUUUCAAUGCGAUUGAUCUUGAUCGCGCUCGGGGCCCGUUCAAGCUGUAUCGCGAACGCGAUAGUUAUUAAAAAAGAAAAAAUGAAAUCAAAGGAUUCACGAGCAUUUUGUAAUUCUUAGAGUCUAGUUAGUGUUCUUCUCGAGGCACGUGCAGUCUCUUUCGAUUCUUUGAGAUCGAAGAGUGCACGGUGUCGCCAACGAUAGCGUUUCAUUCCGGGGAGGAAGGGUCUAUUUAUCGACUAUAUUAAUCGCUUUAUUUGACAAACAAUUAGGAUAAGGCGUUUUAACAUUUUAUAAAAAGGGCGCGAGACGUAGGUGUGGCUUUCGCGAGACAGCUUGAACCAAAGGCAAUCCCGAGGGACGCGAGGAACGUAUAGCGGCGAUAUAGAAACGUAUAUCUAAGAUAACCUAGAAGCGGCCAAACUUAGUAAUCUGUCAUAUCGAGUUAUCGCGGACUAAUAAUACUAAUCGAUAGGAAGACUCGAGAAAAGCGUAGCGCUACGUUGCUAUUAUUUGAUUAUCGCGUAAUCUUUACCCUUUAUCCUGGGCGUUUCCUUUUUGUAGGAACAGUAACCUCGUGACGUUUUGUCGUUACUUUUUUUAUAGGAUCAUCCAUCAAAUCAUUCUCAUCGAUCUGACUAAACGUAACUUGAAUCGUCGGUCGUUUUAGCGGUUAACGAACACACCGAUCCGAGACCUAUUUUUCGAUUCCGCUUCACGGACAAUACUUUGAGAAAACGUAGUUUAAUUCGCAGUUAAAUCUCCCCUUUGUCACAUUCUAAGAAAAAAAAAAAAAAAGAAAAAAAGAGACACGUAAAACAAUUCUUCAUCAGUAGACUACGGAUGUUUAUGAAUUUAUGAAAAAUUCCAAAGUGCAAGAAUGUACAGAGUACACGUUAUAUGCAGAAAUAUAUAAAGUAUAACAUAAAACAAAAAAGUACUCUUUGUAAUAUUCCGUAGGUUUAGAAAGACCAGUUUUUUAAUUAUGUUCCUAAAAAUACGAAAUAAACAUCCGCAGUUUGCUCGUUAGCAAUCUCCGAUCAUUCGAUCAUGAAAUUGAUAAUCCUGUUCCUCCAAUCGAUUUGUAGUAAUCAUCGUUAGUUCGUUAGAAACUCUAACGUUUCCUGUUUUCGUUCUUCAUCCCUGAAACUAUCCCAAAAAAAAAGAACAAAAACACGAAAACAUGCAAAAAUUUGGGAUAAUUGAACGCGAAAAAAUUCCCGCGGUCUUCAUCGAGUACUGAUUAAAAGUACUAAUUUCGGCAGCUAAAGAGACACAUAUAUACGUUCUUUUUCACUUUCAUCCCUGCCGAUUGAAUUAUUUCACCCUUUUCUUCGCGCACAUGUGCGUGCGUGUGUGUAUAUGCGUGUGUGCGCGCGUGUGCGUGUAUGUGUACAUAUUCGCGAGACGAGUACUCGUUUCACUUCGGGGGAGACGAACAAUUCGCGUAAAUACACUACGAUAAGCCUAAGCGAGGGUUCGACUAAUCGAAGAACACGCGAAAGUGUGUCUACGACGGGAUAGUAAAAAGAAAAAAAUAAAGAAAAUGAAAAAAAUAAUGAUAGUACAAUACCGAUAGAUAGAAAUGACGAAAGCAGAGUUUCGAGUGCAGUGCGUGCCUCGUUUAUCGACUUUUCGUGAUUACCGUAGAUGCGUAGCGUUUUAUCGAUUCAUUUAAUCCUCUUCUCUCUCUCGAGACGCGGCUCGAGAAGCUUAAUUAAUCGAUGAACUAUAACUUACAAAACUAUUACCCUUCGCCACGUUACACUAGACGCUAUUUCAGAGAUCCCCUUUUGCCCUUGUAACCCUUUCACUGGGCGGAGGCAAGGUAAUUACCCGUUUCACAGUAACCAGUCGUGUGUGAUGAUGUUUGUUCAUGUAAAUUCGAGAACUCGUUGGAUAUUAUUCUCUAACUUGUAUUAAAAACACUUUUGACUAAACUCAAAUAAGAAGCUAAGAAUUUGUGAUUUUAUCGGAAGGUUAGAGCUUCAGUCAAAGGGUUACGGAGAAGAAAGACAUACAACAAAGAGAGAGAGAGAGAGAGAAAGAGUAACUGUAUACAUAUUAAAUAUUAUACGUAAUGUCCUACAAUUCCCGGAUAAGAAGAACGAAAGAAGGAGAAAAAAUAGGUUGAAUAUCACGAGUAUACGAUUCACGGUUACGAGACUAAUCCGCGAUUAAACCUCUUUGAAACUGUUCUCGCCCUCUGCCCCUUGCCCCUAUACUUUUUCAACCCCUCGGUUCGAUGAGCGAUACUGGAUAAAAUGAUGCUCGGGGUAGAAUUAAUAAUGUUUGGAUCGAUAUUCUAUAUUAUUAUUAGACAAGAUGGCACUUCGUCCUUGCUACGAGAUCGGUUACUUGGAAUUUCGAGUUUUCGUUUUAGUCUCACGAUGAUUGGAAAACAAGCCAGCAUCGCUCCGGAGCCAGCUCAAGCAGCCAAAAAUCAAAAGCAAUUUUUUACAGCGCGCGACAAUGAUUUACAAAAAAAAAAAAGAAAAACAACGCGAUAUCAAAAAUAUACAAAAAUGAAGAAGCGAAGCGUGCAGAUGUGAAAAUCUUAAAGAACAAAGAGAACAAGGGUUGCAGACAUCUAUUAUUGGUAGAUGAUAAUCUCUGGAAAAGAAGAGAUUUGUCGAUUCACUUUUCCGAUACGAAUUCGUUUGUAAGUUACACCCUACUUCGUUCUUCUUGUGUCAUUUUGUUACGCACGAAACGUGCGUUCAAAUGUUGUUCGUCCUCCUCCAACUUAUGACCUAAUUUAUGCACUGCCGGUAAUUUUUAUUUCUUAACGAUCGAACUUGCGAGGAAAAAGUGACUGUUAUCAAAGGGCGUGUUCCCAGGAGCGAUCAUUCGUGGAAUUCGAACCAGUUUAGUCGACCGUUAUCUUUUCUAUAAAAAAAAAAUCGAUCACGUUCGACGAGGAGAGGGAAUCACCUCGUUCCGAUCAGAUCGUUUUCAUUCCCUUUCUUUUCCUUUAUCUUUCUUUCGUCUUGCGUAGGUAAGGUUUUUCUCACAGAGCAAACAAACGGUCUCUCGAGAAAGUCUCCAGUUUUUCUCUGUUCGAACGAGCUCGUGCGAGACUCGCGUACAAACGAAUCUCGACGAGAAUCAAACUGCGUCCUCUCUGUAGCGAUAACGAGGAAUCUUUUGUUGCCUGUUGUUGGUGAACUUUUAAAUGGUAAACCUAUCCUAUGAAUAUCAAUAGCAACGUUUUAUCCACACCGAAGCACGGGAAUAUUUCAGUUUCAUUUCAAUUUCAAUGCAUCGUGAAGCAAGCCACAAAUUGCACACAGUAAAGGAAUUCUUCUUUCUUAUUUUUCUUUGAUCUUUACCAUUUCGAAUAGAAACAGGCAACAGCAAGCAACAACUUCUGUUACCGGCAACAGAAGCGAAGAAACGUGCAGAAACAUUUCGAGAAACAUCGAACGUUAAAUAUGGAAUUGUUUUUCGCUGUUGCUUCAGCGAAGAUGCAGAGACUCUCCUUUGAUUUAAUCGCGACGCAUUCGACGGAAUGCGAUGAAGAAACUCGACAGACGAUCUUUAUUGUAUCCGAGAAAAACAUCGCGCACAUAUCAGUAGUGAUUAAUGCAAUUUUACUUGGCGUCUUUGCUCGAACUUCAAACGUCGAAUCGUCUGGUUAACAUGUUGACUGCUGAUGAUGCCACGUUGACGUCACGCGCAAAUGAUUUUCAAUUGGCGUCGGAAAGAGGUCGAUGAGUUCAAGAAAAAAAUUUCAGUCGCUAUGAAAGGCAGUUAAUGUGUUAAAAAUCCAGCGAAAGGUCGGAUCUUCAUCGUCAGGCUGCGAACAGUGGAGUUUAACAACGUCGAAGACGCUGCCAAUUAGCGUGUAACGUAGACUGUCAAUUAUUACCUGUUACAUCGGUUUCAUCCGUAAACGAGUCUCGAGCAUUCUGGAGAACAAGCACAUCGUGUGGUCGACGAAUUCUCUGAGUAACCACUCGAGCGCCACUCGAACUCUGUUAAGCAGAAGCACGCUUCUUUAGGGUUCAAUGGAGGAGUGUCAAGACUACACUGCGGAUUUUUAUGUGUCUAUGCGAAAUUUAAACGUGCAAAAAUACAUAGAAUAAAUAUUUUAAUUUAUCAUAAAUAUUUCAACCACUUAACGCACAUGACAUAUAAGAACAUGGAAUCAAGAGCUACGAUUAUCUUAUAUGCGCAUUAAAAAAUUGAAAAAAAAUACGUAUAUAUAUUAUAAAACAUAUAAUAUAUCCAUCUGCAGUGUAAGAAAUUGAAUGAUUCGCAUUAGUAAGCCCGAGGAAAAAUUGUGCGUUAAGGAAUCAAGUAUUUUAAAUUCUUAUAGAAGUCAUUCAAAAGUGACAUCGAUCAGUCCCAUAAACUUAAAGUAUUGGAAAAUGAUGAUAUUAUAAAUACUGUUUUUUAAAUUUACUUUAGAAUUUAACGUGGUUUGUAUUAUUUUCUUGCGAUAGAUGAAUGAGAAGCGAAGUUAAUCACUUUGGCAUUCCUGCUCAAUUCUCAUCUCUAAUUAAGUUCAUAAAACAUAUAAAUUGACAUAAAAAUCCGCGGUCUAACCGAGAGAAUCUUCACGCGUUCACACCACGGAUCGUUUCAUUGCGUUCGCGAGACUUUCUCGAAUCGAAUAACGAAAAGAAGUGAUGGACAAGCAACAGGGAGAAGACGAGGAAGGUGAAAGUGUCGAGAAAGAGUGAUUGAGUAGAAGAGAUCGCAGAAACAGAGAGAAGGAAAGGAAAAGAGUGCGUGCGUGAGAGAGUGUGCGAGUGUUUUCUGCCAUCGUAAAGUCAAUUUUAUCGUGUACGUAUGUAUAUGUAUCGUCUGAAAUGCGCGCGCGCGCGCAUCCAAUAAAGCGGACGCUGCAGGUAGGAUAUUUUUGCUGAGAUUCAGCGGACGAUUCUCCGGUAUACGUGGCCUGAAAUUCGAAACAGACGAGAAACGAGGAAAGAAUAGACUAGACGUUAAUACUGAUCGUCGAAGUCCAACGAUUUUAUCAUUGCCAUAGUUUGAUCGUAGAAGAUUAAGUCUCUUACGAUCUGACUAUAAUUUGGACUUCUAGCGUCUGAUGUGUUUGUAUAAGAUUUUGGUCCUUAAUUUUGUGAUGACGAAUUCUAUGUCUUACUCGAUCCACUGAUCUGGAAGCAAAACGACCGGAAAAUACGAUGCACAGAUAACGAUUCGCUAGCCUUGAUCAGUGAUACGAUCGAUGCUGUAUAAGAAAUGAAGAGACAAACUAGACGAGUUUAACAUCCUUUGGCAGUGUGAUGAAAUCGUUUUCAUUUUUCAUCGUUUUCGGCAUUUCUUUAUCGUCAAGAUCUUUUUGGAAAUUCAUUACUUUGGAUGGAUUGUACCUUUUAAUAACACGAUAGUUUAACGAAACAUUCAGAACGAGCGAUUUAAGAAAUAAUUACACAUUUGUUUAUCGUCAAGAUUCCUUGCGUUUAUAGAACCAGAUACAAACACUUCUUACGAGAAACAAAUAUUAACAAUUGCAUUAAUAAGUAUAUUUAACGUGUAAAAUUUGCAGUACCAUAUUUCAUAGUAUUUAAUGGUCUCUCUUAUGUUACACCGUGAAAGGCUUCAGCUACGAGAGUUCAUCACGCAUGAAUGAACGAAAGAAUCAUCUGAAAGGAGAAGCAGAGCAAACUAAAAUACCUAGAAAACACGAAAAUUGUUGGCAAUAAUAGUUGAAACUUAAAAAACUUAAAAUAAGAAAGCAGGGAAAGGAAAAGUGAGACGAGAGAGACGAAUCGUGCGGCGUCUGUAGUCGAUACAGCGCGACGUGCAUGUAUCGCGUUCAAUGCGUACAGAGGACAACUUUAUUGUACUUUAUCGUGUAAGAGAGAUUUGUAGAGAGUUUAUAUUAGGCCAAUUGUCACAGCGAGAGUUCUACGAUAGCGAUGUUCUUUCUUCAACAGUCGUGGCCAACUAUUCAAAAUCGUUCCUAAUCGAAAAGAAAUACCGUUUUGCCUCGCGUCUGAUCUACCGUUUUAAUUAGAUCAUAUUAUUCUCUUUCUCCCCCCUACCCUCCCCCUAGUUUUAUCCACGAAGCUUGCGACCGAUCGACGCUCAAUAAUCGACGAGAAAAAUUGGAGAAAUAGCAUCACGUGGACGAAGCAAAGUGCUAAAAGUGAAGCAGCGACCUCGAGCAGCCCAAAUAGUUGGCCACACCUACAGCCACAAGAGAUCAUGUCGCGUUCCAGCGUAAUACUCGCGUAACAAUUGCCUUGACGAGAUGAAUUCGUAUUCGUAUGGUCAUUAAGACCAUCAAAGGAUACCUCAAAUGUCAGUUAAGAACGUAUACACGUAGUAAUAAUUUUCGUUCGUUUUCAAGAUACCUGUUCUUCGCCAAAGAUAGAUUAAUAGAACUGUGUUUAGUAUCAAUUUAGAGUAAACGUGAUUCGUUUAUCUAAUAGGUGAUAUUCUAUUAUUUUAUUUAUUUUAUUUGGAAGGAUUCAUCACAACAAGAAGCUGGUUCCGUGUGCUGAAAAAUCAAAAUUUACAGACUUAUAUAACUAAUUACAAUAAGGGGUUGAUUAGAAUAAUAAUAUUAGAAUAAUAAUAAAUAAGACGCAAUGGAACUUUGCUUCUUCGUGAAUCCUUUAAUGGAUAUCGUUUUGAACGCGUGAAGACUUGGAUAGAGCGAGGUUCGAUAAUUAGAUUCGUAGAUUGUCUGGUUUCUUUUUUACUGUGCGUUUUUUAAGUAGAAUCAGACGUCGAGCUAAGAGGGACGAAAAGAGCGUGAAGAGACAUUUUGGAAUGGUAGAUUUUAUCGAUUAUAUUUUUCCUAGUUUCGUUGAGAAUGUGAGACACGCGAGAAGAGGUGGAAGAUAGUUCUACAAGGAUUGUAUUACGCGACGUGUUACGAUCUGUACGAAUAGACGACGAAUAUGAACAAAAAUCAAAUAAAACGUUACAGUGAAUGUUAGCUAA